UUAUUUUAAUUUUUCUCCCAAAUUGCAAGUUCUGUUAGGAAAUCAAGUAAUACUGUCGUUAAUUGUUUGUUAAAUGUUUUCAUCGUUAACUGUAUAGGGAGGGGCGUUUUGGCCUGGAUCGAGUGAAAACUGGGUCAUCACGUCUGCUACUUUUCUCGUUUGACACAAUCUAAUUUUUUUCAUUUUUUUGUAAUAACUUUCUCUUUCUUUCUACAUAAGCCAUCUAGCGCGAAAUUAAUCAACUUAUAGCAUACAGUCACUAAGAAAACCUUCCGAAUAAUUUGCCCAUAGAGCCAGUACCAGUAGUUAAAAUAUUACAUCACGCACAUUCAUUCGUUUCGGCACGUGUUCCAGAGUAGUAACACUUUCAGUAUUUCCUCCGAUAUCCUCUUAUUAUUCCAAGCUUAUUUGUAGUGCAUCAAAUUGUCUUGCGGACAUAUAGAGUUGCAUCAACGUCGUUUUAUUCCAGGGAAAAAAAGUAGCAACCGAAAACGUCGUCAAAAAAUAGGACACGCAAAUUGUGACCUGUGUGUGUGUGUGUGGUUCCUGCGUUUUGUCAACUUCGUAUUCGUUCAAAAUGCCUAAAGUCUCCAGAGAAGAGGAGCAAGAAGAGCACUCGCCGAUGACUCAAAACGGCGGUGAUGCGAGUAACAACAACAAGCCCGAAAGGUGUCCUCCAGUCGACAGGAUCUGCCGGAUUGUCCAUUAUUGUGUGGGCGUUGUGCGGACUCGUUUCGUCUGUCGGUGCCAUAUGCUACGCUGAAUUAGGAACCAUGAUAAAUUCCUCGGGCGGCGAUUACGCAUACUUGGGCGAAGCCUACGGUCCUUUGCCGGCCUUUCUCUAUUUGUGGGCAGCUGUGCUCAUCAUCAUUCCUGUAUCAAACGCUAUUAUAGCCUUGGCCUUCGCCAAUUACAUCCUCCAACCGAUAUGGGGCACUUGCCCACCGUCGGAUUCAGCCGUCCGACUACUCGCCGCCUUUGCCGUCGGCGUACUAGCUUUCAUCAAUUGCUGUAACAUGCGCUGGGUCGCCAAAUUGCAAACCGUAUUCAUGGCGGCUAAAGUCAUUGCCUUGGGGCUCAUUAUAACCACCGGAGGCGUCGCUUACUUUCUCCAAGGUGAAAGUCGGGGAUUUCAGGAACCCUUCCGCAACACGUCCACCGAUCCCAGUUUGAUCGCCUUGUCGUUUUAUUCGGGACUCUUUUCUUAUGCUGGAUGGAAUUGUUUGAAUUUCGUCGCCGAAGAAGUGCGGGAACCAAACAAAAAUCUUCCGCGGGCUAUAUUGAUCUCGAUGCCCAUCAUCACGGUUGUGUACGUCAUGACCAACGUGGCUUACUUGAUCGUGUUAACGCCCGAAGAGAUAUUAGAUUCCUCCGCCGUCGCAGUGACGUUUGGCGAUCGUGUGUACAGUUCGUUCACCUGGGUCAUUCAGUUGCUGGUGGCUAUUUCCGCUUUGGGCACCUUGCACAGUAGCAUCUUUAGCUCGUCGCGCAUCUUCUUCGUCGGCGCCCGCAAUGGACACCUUCCGGGCUCGAUAGCGCUGAUUAGCAUCAACAAUCUCACGCCGAUUCCUUCCAUCCUGUUCAUGGGUGGAUUAACUAUGGUGAUGCUCGUCGUGACCGACGUCUACGUGUUGAUUAAUUACACCUCCUUUGUGGAGGCCACGUUCGUAGCGGCCGCUGUUGGCGGACUCUUGUGGCUCAGGCGAACGAGACCAAACGCCGCUCGACCUAUUAAAGUGAGUUUGGUGUACCCGAUAGCGUUUUUCGCGGUCUCCAUCUUUCUGGUGUGCUUUCCCAUUUUUUCCAGUCUGAUGGAAGUCGUCACGGCCGUCGGAAUCACCAUUACCGCCGUUCCAGUUUUCUACUUUUGCAUCGCCUGGAAGAAGAAACCCAAGUGGCUCUCAUCGACCAGCAAUAAAUUCACUUUGCUGUGCCAGAAAAUAUUCCUAGCCGUCCCGGAAAACGCCGGAAGCAAGACUUACUGAACGGAAGAAAUUUCCGCAAUUUCAAUGAAUUCAAAAAGCUCAUUUUCGCGGCUUUUGAAACCCCGAUCCUGGUUUGUUUUGAACGACUGCUUUCCAUUCUUUUAAACGCGGUCGUUAUGUGGAAACCUGUAUCAUCGCGUGCAUCUAAUGAAAGUGAUAUUUCAUAAUAAAUUUAUACAAGGAAGUGAAUAAAAA